AUGAACGGUUCGGCUGCCAAAGAUCAUUUCGCAAUGAAUGGGACGGUUACGGAAGAUCAUUCCGGGAUGAAUGGUACGAUUAUGGGAAACAAUCACACGAUGAAUGGCGAGGACGAUUUGGCAGACUCUCUUGAACAAUGGGCCACGAACCUAGCGGAAGCCGCGAAAGCUUACAGGGGUGCAUCUGGACAGCAGAGUCUCCUCCUUCGUAGCAAGAUGAGCAACAACGCGAAGCAGAUCAUUGAUGCCAUCAAAGACCCAGGAGAAACACCCUUUGAGUACUCGAUGGCGGAAAUGGGUGCUCUGCGUAUGAUGAUGGAGCUCAAAAUCUUCGACAAAAUUCCUCAGCAGGGAAGCAUAUCUUAUGGCGACUUGGCCGCAAGUAUUGGAGCUGAAGAGUCUCUUCUUACUCGCAUUCUGUGGAUGCUUGUCUCAACGGGUCUACUGAAGCAGAUUGGGGAAAAUCAGGUUGCCCACACCCGUCUGUCAAAGACUUAUGUUGAUGGAAAUCCGCAAGGGGCGUUCUUUCAGAUCAUGUUCGACGAAGGCAUGAUCACGUACACCAAAUGGCCAAACUAUUUCGAAAAGUUCGGUCUCAAAGAACCCAGAGAGGCAAACUAUGUUCCAACCACCUUUGCCUGGGGUUGCGAAGAGAAGAACUUCUGGGAGAUGAUGAACGACAACCCAAAACGUUUGAAGGCUUUCAACCUGAGCAUGGCGACGCUGGAUGAAGUGCUCCCAGUCACAGGAAUGUAUGAUUACAGCUGGAUCGCUGAUCAUGCCAAGAAUGGAGAUUCAUCAAGGACCCUGAUUGUUGAUGUCGGUAGCGGCAAGGGACAGGCUUUGAAGAGAAUUAUGGCAUCAUGUGCAGAAAUACCUGCAUCAAGACUGGUCAUGCAAGAUCGACCGAUUGUGAUCGAGGAAGCGGAAAACACCAAAGACGAGAUGUUGCUGGACGUCAAGAAGAUGCCACACGACUUUUUCAAAGAGCAGCCUGUCAAAGGAGCGCUAGUGUACUUCAUUCGGCGUAUCAUCCACGACUGGCAUGAUGAUAAUUGUCGCAUCAUACUGUCCCAUCUCGCAAGAGCCAUGGAUUCCGACUCUCGAGUGCUCAUCUGUGAGCAGAUCAUGUCAAAUCCACCAUCACCCUUGAAUGCUCAGACUGACUUGUGUAUGCUGGGACUUGGUGCUAAGGAACGCACAGAGAAGAUGUUUAAAGAGUUAGUGCCUUCAUCGGGUCUACGACUCAUCAAGAUCUGGAAGGCAGAAGGAACAAAUGUGGGGGUGAUAGAGUGUGCAAAGGGGGAGCAGACCAAUGGGCAUUAA